GCUGGCUUCUCUGCUCCCUUCUUUUUGCGCAUUUCCGAAACGAAGCGCGAAAAAAAGCGCGUCCACUCCGCUCCUCGGCCUUCACAAUGUGACACUCGACGCCUCUCUGUACACUUCUGAAAUACAGUGGGUUUUUAAAAGCGUCCACGCCGGGGUUCGUGCUUUUCGGCCGUGCAUGUUUCCUGGAACUUCGCCUUCCGGAAACGACGCUCCCGCAUGUGAAGCGCUUUCGAACGCACGCCCGUUUCUACCGCCUUUCUUCGAGGUCUCCGGUCCUCGAACGGUUUGCGCAGAUCGCGCGCGGCGUUUGCUUUCGCAGUUCGCGUCCGUUCCUCUCAAGUCACAGUUCGCGUUUUUCCCCUCUUCGCAGAUUCGCCUCCUGUCUGCUCCCUGCAAGUCACUUUUCGCUUCUUCGCCUGCCGAGCCUCGCACGCGUGUCUUCCUCCCUUGCUCUCCGACUGUUGACGUCUGCAGUCCACCCGUCCGCUCUUUCCCUGAUUCCCGACAAGGCAGAAAGCACCUUUUUCGCGUGCCAUGCCGCGAGAGUGCCACCCAGAACCGUCGAAGACAUUUCGCCAUUCGUGUGCUGCAAUGCCACCGGGUGCAACCGCUUUGCGAGGCAUCUGAGGGCAGUUCGCCGCGCUCGACGGAAUCUUCGCAGACGCCUUCCUGGUGGAUGUCAGUACCCAGCCACUGCGCGAGACGCGUUUUCCCGUAGCCUGGCGCCGGGGGACGUUGCCCACGCGAAAGAGGCCGCGGAAAACUCGCCUCCACCGCCCAGAGUUACUGCAGCUGCCCCCACAGAGAUGGAGCAGUUCGACGGAGAAGCGCUGAAAUCCAGCAGUCCCGGCCCUGCUCACGCGGCGGACAACGGAGAACCUGCCCCUUCUGCGCCGCCUGGAGUCACCGGCACACCUCCCGUGGAAAAACUUUGCACAGAGGCCACCAUUUACCGCCUUACGGUUCAGCGAAUCGUCGAUUUUGUCAACAUCUACUACUCGGUGAAGGCGUCCGUGGCCGCGCCGGCUUCGGGGCCGAAGGACGCGGAAGACGCGAAAGACGGCAAGGCGCGCCAUGCGGAGAUCGACGCAGACACCGCGUCCGUCGCCUCUCCGUCCGGGUCUUCGCCGGACGGCACUCCGACGAGUUCGCUGGGAGCGACGCAGAGUGAGAAGCCGUGCGCGUGUCACUGCGCCUGCUGCUUGAACAGCCGCGGAGCCGACGGCUGCGCAGUUACGCAGAGUCAGAGUGGCCUUCCGCGACAAAAGACAACGACGAAGCUCGUCGACGUCCCUCAGGAAGGCAUCGAUGUGCUAAAGGAAAUUGCGCGCACUGGCCAGUGCCGCUAUCCGUGGAGCAUCGUGAAGAUGGUCAUUGCGGCGAAAAUGGAACAAGUUUUCACAGACCUGGCGAAGAGCAGAGUGAAGCGGAGACUCGCCUUCGAUUGGACGACUGCGAGGAAUCUCUGCUGCUGCCAAGUCAUGCAACUUCGCAGACCCCCGGUAACGGUGCAGAGGCUGUGCGAAGUUCUUCUCCGACCGACUUACGCAAACACAGAAAAACUCUUCUUUGCUGUCAGAAAGCUGCUUCUUGUGCGCGGGUGUCUGCACGAGCCGGUGGAGAUUCCGGCUUUCGUUCAACUGUCUUCCAUCCCGGGGAUCAGAUACGCAGAAAUGAAAGUCUCAGACCUCGCGGCGCCUGCAUUCUGGGUGCAGAAUCCUCGAGUCGGUUUGCAUGCGCGGCAGGGCUGCGAGGGAGCGCGCGCGGCGUCUCCAGAGCUUCGGGGCAACACACCAAGCCACGAGAACUCGGAGCUCUCGCGCGGGGGACCUGCAGUGGCAGGCGAAUCUCUCUGCGAGUCGAGCAACAGUCAAGCUUGUUGCAGCGUCUGCUGUUGCUGUCGGGACUGGCUCGCGGACAUCGACGACUGCGAUCCCGCCGCGUCUCUGGGAGAAGACGCGCGAAGAAGUGGACGACACAGCGAAGGCGACGCAGAACUCUCGAAUGUGCGACGCGACUCCAGAGACAGCGAAAACGGCGUCUCAACUCUCCCGCUCGUGCGUGCAGAAGACACCGGGCGGGAAGCAGACAGACGGAGAGACGAUGACCGCGACGAACGCCCAGAGACACACGGCCGAGACGAACGAGGAGGAGAGGCAGAAGACGGAGAAGGCGGAGAAGACAUAGAGGGAGAGAGAGAAGGAGAGGGGGGCGACAUGGAGUGUGCGCCAGAGGAGAUGGAAGCGGGUGAUAGCGAUCCGAGAGAAGGAAGUGAGGGCACAGCGAGAGAAGAGAGAAGAGGGUCGCCGAGGCUGUCAUCUGAGGACGAAGAGUCGAGUUCGGACAGGAACUGUGCUCGUGCGUCGGGGGGAGAAGAAGGCGAAGAGGCAUCUUCGCCUCCGGCUGUCGCUGCGCAUGCAGCUUCAGAAGAGGGAGGGGAGGAAAACAGCCUCAAAGGAGACAGCGCAACGUAUGGGGGUUCGAGAGCGGCCGCGGGAGAGGAAGAGACUUCGGAGGAGAGACUGGGAGACAACUGUAUGUCUCUCGACUCGGGUGUCAACGCAGACACUCGAGAAACGGAGAAGAGAAAAGCGAGAAGUGGAAGAAGCGGCUCGACAGAGGACGCGAGUUUUUCGGCUGUCUGUUUAGAAGACGCAGAAGAGAGUAGUUCAGGAAACGAAGCUUCGGGCACACGGAGAGAGAAAGCAAAUGGAGGAGGCCGCGAAGCGCACUCCGCACGAGUGCCAAGGCACCCGCGCGGAGCGAUCAGAGACAGCAGAGACUCUUCCGCUGCAGUCUUGGAGCGCUCAGAGGAGACGGUGGAGACACAGGAGACAGAGGCGCGAGCGCGUGUGUCGCAGGUCGGAAAGCAGACUUGUUCCCAGUCUCCUGGAGAGGCUUCGGAGGAGCUGAGUGAGGAGAAGCGCGCGAGUCGCUGCAAGAGACAGGGGAGAGAAGACGCAGAGGGAAAGAGAAUCACGAGCGAAGCUCGGAAGCGCAAAGAAGAAAGCGGAGAGAGGGGCCAUGCAGAGGGAGAAGACGUUUUCGAAGAUCGACGCCCAGUCAAACACGCGAGGUGCGAGGACGUCUGAACAGCGAGAGAAGCCGUCAGGAAGAAGCCAGAAGGGUGGAGUGUCUGUUUAAUGUCGAUUUCUGCUUCUGAAGAGGUCGCAAGUGGACGCGCGAAACGCGGUCUUCAGUAGACAAAAGAGAAGGGGGACCCUCGAGAGACUCUUCUCUUCUUAAGCUGUCUACUGACGAAAGACGCGCACGGAGGCCUUUAGUAGCAAGGCCUGCCAACUCUGCCGUGACAGACGAAAUACACUCCAGUGCUUUGGAGAAAGCGCAUGCACUUAUAACUCGAAGAGGCCGUCAGACAGCGAAAGAGAGACGGAAGAGUGGCAGAUGGACAGAGACACUCAUGCAGUCAGAGAGAGUGAGAGGGGCGCGGAAGACACGAUCGUAACGGUCCCAGGACUGGAAAGACAGAGAUCUUUGCUGAUACAGCGUAGCCAACAGAAAUGGUGGUGCUCCGUCUGGGGAACACAGACGGUAUCUGACGCUCUACAGACGGAGGAAACCUGAAUCUAUGAAUGAGAAGAGAGGCUUUUGAGCAUCUCUACUUGCGUUCUACUCGUAUAUCCAUCUACGUGUUAACGGCUCUACACCUACGUCUACCUCCUCUUUCGAG